AUGUUUCUUACAUGCAUAGAAAAUUUGUCAGCACCGGCAUCAGGAGAGGCUGCUGGUGGCGCUGACGGUUCUGGAGCGUCCAGCUCGAAGCAACACAUCAGGCUUGGGGGUCAACUGAGACUUUGGGGUUAUAAAUUUCCUGACCUCACGUCUCAAAUUGCACCCUUGACCAUAGAUAUUGUGGAUUUACCUCUAUUGGUUACCAAAGAAGAGAUAGCAAAGAAGUUCCAUAUUGCACAAGACUACAUCACCCUGAAGCGGAAGCGUGACAAGAAGUCUGCCUCUGCCAUCAUUGUUGCCCCCAGCUGGCGGGAAAGUGACAAACUUUUGGGUGAUCACAAUGCAGUGUUCUUUGGGAAGCAUAAAGCAUUUUUAAGACAAUCCUAUGACUCGGACGCAUCACGACCCUCCUCAGAGCUCUACAAGCCUCAUAAGCUGUCCAGUGAAAAGUUUGAUUUGAGCCCGGCUAGCAGUGGACAGCCUACUCUUCAUGUCCUCAAUGAUGACAUCUUAUUUCAUAUUCUAAAAAAUUUUAAUGUUCAAGAGAAACUGAUGCUUGAAGCAGGUAAGUUGCAUGAAUGAAGCAGCUUAUCAGCUCAGGCUGAAUGGCAGCAGCUAUUUUAAUCGAUCCAUUUAUUGUUAUCAUGUGAGUUAAC